AUGGUUCUUUACAAACGGAAACCGGUGCAGUUCCUGCCACCGGCAGAAAUACAAGACGAGAAUGACGAGGUGUGGCAUAUACCCCAGACAGGAGAGAUAUUUGCCACAUACGAGGAUUACUUGAGUCGCAUGGAAUUUUACAAGCAGCGUCGUUUCAAUGACCAAAUCACUGGACACUCGGGGCUUAGCUUCUUUGAAGCCUUCAAAAGCGAGCUUACUGGAGGUCGCGAAGUUGAAGCCUCAUUUCCAGAAGCCCUCAAAGGGCCUAUUCUCCGCAGAGUUCAGUUUCAGACCAUCUCCCGUUUGGAUAAUCUUGUCGAUUCAAUAUUUGACGAGUUCAGGCUUGAUUAUUAUCCGGGUGAGGAGGUGACAGUUUCGAUAGACGGAGCAGAUCGGAUUCAUGGCCUGGUCAGGGACAAGACCACCUUUGGACCAAGAAAUUUACCAGAUGGGUCACGAACUUUACCAGUCACUCGAUACUUGGUCAAUAUUAAAGAUACUGAUGAGGAGACAAUGGUGACGGACCAGCGCAUCUGUCGGGACCGAGGCGUCUUCACCAAGGCCAUGCUUCGCUCCUUUAUUAAAAAGACCGUCACCCGAGAAGCAUGGACAGGAGCGCCGUGGCUCGUGAAGCAUGACUACGCCAAUAUGUACCAUAUCGACACAAGAGUCCCACCUCAUCUUCGCUACGACACAAAGUUGCUCGAGAGGAAGCAGCUCCAGGCUCAAAAACGAGGACACUUUCAUGAACCGACCGGACUCGCAAACUGCGGCCUAUUGCGCCUGCCGGAGCUGAAGCCAGCCACCAAGAUUCCCAAGGCAAAACAGGCGCAACUUUGCAAGGAACUCAAAUGGCCUCUUGUUGAAUCAGUAAAUGGCGUGCACGGGUCAGGAACACAUGAGCAGCCAGCGCGUGAGCCAACUCCGCCUCCGCCUCCGCCUCCAACAAAGUAUCCCAUCGAAGACUUGGCCUUGCCACCAAGAGAAGGAAGUUUCCGCCCUCGCUUAAAAUUCAUGUGCCGAAAUCCUCCCGUGGAGGCUGAAGGAAUCGUUGACGAAUCCCAACCUUUCCGCGACAGAAUCGACAUGGCAACCGUGGGCGCCUUUCUAGAGACCUGGGAUACCUUGAACGUAUACUGCGAGAUUUUCAAGCUCGAUUCUUUCACGUUUGACGACUUUGUGGAAGCCAUGGCCGUGGCUUCUGAGCGUGUGCCCGUCCAACUAUUCGACGAAAUUCAUUGUUCAGUACUCAAGGUUUUAGUCGACUCUGAGAAGGACGGGGGGAAAGUGCGCAUCACACUGCCAGAGUUGGAAGACGAGGAAAGCGAUGAAGACGAAGACGACGGGCAAGGUGACGGCGAUGAGGAGAAGGAGCAUGAAGAAGAACAAUCUCCUGAGCCAGAGGAGAAGCCAAAGGGUCGUGCUACACGAAGCAGCCUAGCUAAGCUUGAGGCUGAAAGGCUAGCUGCAGCUGUGGCUGCUGCCGAGGAAGAAGAAAUCCGCGCCGAGCAGGAAUCCCGUAGUCGGGCCGAAGAGUUGAUGAGAGAGUUUGACUGGAUAGAUCACCUCCGCAAGCGAGACUUUUCCAACGGCGGGUGGGAGCGUAUAAUGAUUGGUUUGAUUCAUCAGCUUUCGAAAGACGACCGACAGAAAGACGCUUGCGAGGAGCUACUUGAACACCUUGUGCCUCCCGACACGGAACCUACAAGAGAAGCUGCUCAGCGCAACUAUGCCGAGCUUGACGUCGACCACCGAGUCAAGGCGCUACAGAUCAUAUGUUUACUGACGAUGCAGACCAGAGCGGUCCGCGGCUACAUGGAAGAUUGCAGUGAGACAAUGACAAAGUAUCGCAAGGACAGAAUUGAGUGGCAACGGCAGAAGAAGCAAGCAACAGAGGAACUACGUCAGUUGCAUGAGCAACGUCGGGAGCUGGUUCCGGAUCCAGAACCAGCCGAGGAUGCCGAUGCAACUAUCCACAAAGAAGAAAAUGUUGAAAUGCUGGACAUGAAUGAAUCUCAAAUUGACCGAGGAGACGGCGAGAAUGGCAGCGAGAAUGAAGCGAGUCGAACAAAGGGCAAAAGGAGAGGCCGGCCGCCGCUAGAAAAGAAAAGGAAGGAUGCAGAAGUAGGGAAAGAGCAGAAGGCAGUCGACAAGGAUAAGCAGAAACCGCGAAGGGAAGCUGUGAAACUGACACCCCAGCUACAAAAGCAGUACAACAAAAUUCUCAAGGAAAUUCAAAAGCAAGAAGACAUUAUCAAAGAAUGCGAGGAGGAGGUGGCUAUAAUCGAGAACGAUUUGCGCGAGGCCGAUUGUCCACGGACCAGGGUUCUGGGCAAGGACCGGUUCUGGAACCGAUACUACUGGUUCGAGAGGAACGGCAUGCCUUAUGGCGGCCUUCCUACCAGCUCGACAGCAUUCGCCGAGUACGCCAAUGGCUGCAUUUGGGUUCAGGGACCCGACGAUAUGGAGCGCGAAGGCUACAUUGACGGUCCGGCGAGCCUGCAGAACGAAUUCAAGGCAAAGUUUCAAAUGACAGUCGCGGAGCGCAAGGCCAAGGAAGAAAACGGAACAAGCGUCUUCACAGCCAGACAAUGGGGCUACAUCUCGGAACCCGAGGAUGUGAUUGCGCUAAUCAAGUGGCUGGAUCAUCGAGGCUGUAACGAGACGAAGCUGCGGAAAGAACUGGUCAAUUACAAGGACCGCAUCGCGCAACACAUGGAGAACAGAAAGGCGUAUCUUGACAAGGGCCAAGACAAGGACAAGACGGAUGAGCACACGAUGAAGCGGAGUAGCUCGCGAAUUCGGGACAAGACGCCAGAACCGCCGAGUUAUCGUUGCCAACAGUGGGUGAAUACGAUGGCUCUGGAAGACUUGGGUCAUUUGCACUCCAAGCCCCCACCGCCGCCCAGGGUCAGGAAGCAAACCAAGAAACGAGAGGCAGAAGCAGACGCCGAUGCAUCCAGCCGUGGAGCACCGAAAACCCGACGACGAGGUUAA